AUGCUCAUCAUGCUUGCGAUGGCGGCAUCACAGACCAUUGGCUGGGAAAAGGCGACAUUCCGGGACAAAAUGGGCAUCAACGAGGGGGCAAAUGGCCAUCAUCACCAGCAGUACGUGAGCAUAAUGCUGACCACUGGUAUUCACCUGGGCAUCAUGAGCUGCGGCAGGCUGGAGGGCGGGGCGUCAGAAGAAUCUUUUGUCGUCAAGUUGUACGGUGAAGCAGAUGGCCCUGGCCCUAGCAACGAGGCCGCAAGCAACACCAACGGCUUUUACGCGGGCGUCAUGAGUAUGUAUCAAGAUGUGACUGAUGGCCUUUUCUACACAGUGUGGGAGAGUGCUAGUUGGAUCGGAAACAUCUUCACCGACAUCGUGAGCUGCAGCAAGAAAGAAGGCGAUACAUGGGGCAAUAACGUAGCCUUCAUGUUUCAAGAUGAGGCAGACGUCCCCUACCACCGUGAGUGGGAGGGCAUGCUCACCUCCACGAGCAUCAACACCGACAUCAAAGGCUUCGGUAAGCCGGAGGGUGAUGGGUCGGACGAGAAGCAGUGA